AUGAUUCCCUACAAAGCAGCCCUGUCUUUUGCCCGAUGUCUGAUCCGGAGAAAAAUUGUCACUCAGGACAGUCUAGAAGACUCCAAAUUAUGUCGCUGCUUAUCCACCAUGGACCUCAUCGCCCUCGGUGUUGGCAGCACCCUUGGUGCUGGGGUUUAUGUCCUUGCUGGGGAAGUUGCCAAAGCAGAUUCUGGCCCGAGUAUCGUGGUUUCCUUCCUCAUUGCGGCCCUUGCAUCUGUGAUGGCAGGCCUUUGCUAUGCUGAAUUUGGGGCCCGAGUUCCCAAGACUGGAUCUGCGUAUUUGUACACAUAUGUUACUGUGGGAGAGUUGUGGGCCUUCAUCACUGGCUGGAACCUCAUUCUGUCUUACGUGAUAGGUACGUCAAGUGUUGCAAGAGCUUGGAGUGGCACCUUUGAUGAACUACUUAGCAAACAGAUUGGCCAGUUUUUCAGGACGUACUUCAAAAUGAAUUCUGCUGGUCUUGCAGAGUACCCAGACUUUUUUGCUGUGUGUCUUAUUUUGCUUCUGGCAGGCCUUUUAUCUUUUGGAGUCAAAGAAUCCGCUUGGGUGAAUAAAAUCUUCACAGCUGUUAACGUCCUGGUCCUCCUUUUUGUUAUGGUUGCUGGUUUUGUGAAAGGAAAGUUGGCAAACUGGGAAAUAAGUGAAGAGUUUCUCAAAAAUGAAUCUGCAGCUGCCAGAGAGCCACCUUCUGAAAAUGGAACAAGUAUCUAUGGGGUUGGAGGCUUUAUGCCUUAUGGAUUCACAGGAACGUUAGCUGGUGCAGCAACCUGCUUUUACGCAUUUGUGGGUUUUGAUUGCAUUGCAACAACGGGUGAAGAAGUCCGGAAUCCUCAGAAAGCUAUCCCUAUUGGAAUUGUGACUUCUUUGCUUGUUUGCUUUCUGGCCUAUUUUGGGGUCUCUGCAGCUUUAACACUUAUGAUGCCAUAUUAUCUCCUUGACGAAAAGAGCCCCCUUCCUGUGGCAUUUGAAUAUGUUGGAUGGGGUCCAGCCAAAUAUGUUGUUGCAGCGGGCUCUCUCUGUGCUUUGUCAACAAGUCUUCUGGGCUCUAUGUUUCCUUUACCUCGAAUUCUGUUUGCCAUGGCACGAGAUGGUUUACUGUUUAGAUUUCUUGCCAGAGUGAAUAGGAGGCAGUCACCAGUUGCUGCCACGUUGACAGCAGGGGUCAUUUCUGCGGUGAUGGCAUUUCUGUUUGACCUGAAGGCACUUGUAGACAUGAUGUCCAUUGGUACUCUCCUGGCCUACUCUCUGGUUGCAGCCUGUGUCCUCAUCCUCAGGUAUCAGCCUGGGUUAUCUUCUGAGAAGCGCGAACAUUCGAUUGACAAAGAAAAUCUGAAGUCAUGCACCAACCCAGUCCCCAAGAGCGAAUGCCAGCCCACCACGCCGCAGGACCAGGGCUUCAGCCUGCGCCUCCUCAUCCACCCCGGCUCUGAGCCUACACAGGCAUCCGCUUCUCUUGUGAGCUUUCUGGUAGGAUUCCUCGCGUUUCUCGUCUUGGGCCUGAGUAUUCUGACCACCUAUGGAGUGGAUGUCAUUGCCCGCAUGGAGGCCUGGAGCCUGGCCCUGCUGGUGGUGGUCCUUGUGCUCUGCAUUGCCGUCAUCCUCACCAUAUGGAGGCAGCCCCAGAAUCAGCAAAAAGUCGCCUUCAUGGUACCACUGCUGCCAUUUUUACCAGCAUUUAGCAUCUUUGUGAAUGUUUACCUGAUGGUCCAGUUGAGUGCAGACACUUGGAUCAGAUUUAGCAUUUGGAUGGCACUGGGUUUCCUGAUUUACUUUGCUUAUGGCAUAAGACACAGCCUGGAGGGUAGAGCAAAGGAAGAAAAUGAUGAAGAUGCUUCAAGCAACACUGAUGCAGCAACAGAAGAAAAAUCUGCCGCAAAAGCAAAUGACCAAAGAAACCUCAGUUUACCUUACAUAUUCCAUGAAAAGAUCUGUGAAUGCUAG